AUGACGGACGCUGAGGCCUCAACAUUAGGUUAUGUGCAGCACGUGUCAUUUCAAGAUCUGUCCCCAGCGGUGGUGGAUGAACAAGUAUCCAAAAUGAAGAAGUGUCAACAAUCUACCGAGUUCAGUUCAGCACUGAUGCAUAUUCCUCCGCAAUAUAAUCCAUUCUAUGUGGACCCUUCGUUGACGCGGGGGGGGAGAUGUUCAGUUCAUAGCAGCGGAACAGCAACCAAGGGACCGAAGAAUCCGUCAUUGAAGCCGGACUUAUGGUAUUCUUCGCAAUCACAACAAGAGGUUAUGGAGGCGUAUAAAUUUAUGUAUGAAGAGAAUAUGGUGGGUUCCAGUCGUAGAAAAUCGAUAUAUGUUUCUCCUAGGUCUUCAAGGAGUAAUUCUCUGACACGUACAGCCCCUUCUGGUGUGAAGAUGCCCCCUCCACCCAAAGUGUCUAUUCUUAAGAAAUGUGAGACUGAUCAGCAGGUUAAGGAUUUUGAUAUAACGAAGAUCGAUCCCAAGGUGGAAAAAGAGAUAACGAAGCUUACGGAGCAGAACACAGAGAAUAACGCAGAGGCUCGCGAUGGAUAUACGACGUCCGGAUUUUCCAACUUGCACGAACUAGAGGAUAAUAUAAUGGGCGGUGGUACCUUGGACGCUAAAGCGGUGUGUACUGCAAGAAAGGAUAUGCCAAAGGUUCGCAGAAAAUCAUACGCGGAAAUGAGUAAUGCCGAAUUGGCGAAAUUGGAAGAGAGCUUCUUACCUCGGCCAGCCUAUGGUGAUCUGGAUAAGUUUGAUUUUUCUCAACAAAACAAGCUGUUUAUCGGGCAAGAGACCUCUAAGAAUGUUCAACGUCAGAAAACGGAAGUCAAUUCACCGGCUAUUCUUUACCCGUCUAGGCCAUGUGUUUCUUAUCGCGCUGUUAGUUGUACAAUGGCCCAUCCGGCCUACCGUACAUACGUAAGCGACCGGUGUGGAUCUAGUACCCAUGAGACACUCCGUACUGUUGCGUGCCAUAUCAGCGGCCGUCAGCACACGUGGUCUGCUGUUGAUUGGUAUGUUCACCGUUUAGCGCAGAAUGGUGAUCACUUAGUGAUCUUGGCGUCUCUCCCCAGGUACGAAGAGCAUGUUGUAAUGCCUCCCCAAGUUGGCAAAAGCAGAAAGCUUUCAUUUGAAGUCUAUAAAUUCGAACAAGAGAAAAGGCCAUCAGUUAAUAGCCAGACUCCAUGUAGCAAUAUUAACAAUGUCAACGAAUUGGAAAAAGUCGGCCUGACUAUUUUGGAGCUCGACAAUCUUGCCAAGGAAAAAUGCAUAUCGGUGUUGAAAUAUUAUGCAGGCCUUUGUAGGGACAAAAUAUUGAGAAUCACUGUUGAAUUCAUUAAGGAGGAUUCCAGGAUGUGCUCUAUCGCGCAGGCAACUUCCUUAUACAAACCAGAACUCCAGGUUAUAUCUACAGUUUCGGCUAAUAUCAACACAAAGUUUCGUAACGGUCAUGUGAGAUUGCCCAACUUUAUGAUUCGUCAUUUCUCUGUGCCCACUAUUGUGGUUCCUAAUGAGUUCAUUAGAUUGGGAGAUGUGAGCAGUCACAAACCUUUAUCGGACAACAAGAGUGCUGGUGUCCAGUUGGAUAAACUUGAUUCUGUGGUGGCAAGAACUAGUAAGAAUCCUUUUGAUUUAAUGGAUGCAGAUGGAGAUAGCAAUGAAAGUGGAAAAUAUAGCGACAUCUCAAGUAAAAGUACCCCUCAAUCGGAUAAUGAUUCUGUGGCGGGUUACUUCCCAAUCGAUCCGGAGUUACAGCGUAAACGAGAACAAUUUAAAUCACUUGGCUAUAUUCCUCCUAGACCUUCUUAUUAUGGGACACAUCAAGAUCUUUCAAACACAUCGUCAAGGAGUAGUCGCCGUCCGUCAAGGGUGAAUUUUUCCACUUCCGACAUUUAUAAAGUCAAGUCAAUGAUCAGUGAUGAUGUUUCAACUGAUUCUGCAGUGAUAAGGAAUUCAAAAUCCGCUCAGCUCAGUAAUCGUGCUGGAGCAGGUAACAACUCAUCCUCAAUUUCUAGUUCAAUUUCAAAGAAAUCUGCGUCCGUUGUAUUAUCCCGAGAUUGCAGUUCAAAGAGUGAAGGGUUCUCUCAAAAAACUGGCAAAAAGAAAAAGGGACUUGGUAGUUUAUUCAAAAAAUUAAAGUUUAAAUGA